AAAAACUUGUUUGGCUGCAAAAAAUGCAGAUUAAUUUACGGAAGUAUUAUAUAUUUGUUAAAAAUUUCAUUUAAAUUUAAACAAAACAUAAGAGUAGCAUCAGUUCACAAAUGAAGAACAUAAAUUUAAUUGACGUAUUUGCGUAAACGAAUGAAAUAAAAUAAUUUCUAAUUUUCGUGGAAACGCAGAACGCUGACAGACAUAAUUUGGCCUAAACGCCUGUUUUUUCUUUUUAAAAAGCCAUGUCGGCACCUGAAAUUGAAGUGGUCAAUAUUAAUAAUUUUGAGAAAAUACAAAAUUUUCUUAAUGAUUCGGCGUAUAAGGAGAUUUUAGAGAAUAGCGAAACCUAUAAUACUCGCUUGUGUAUAGAGAGACGUUUGCGUAUGCCAUUUUUGGAUCCGCAGACAGGAGUUGCACAAACGCAUUCUAUGUUGUUUGUAAAGCAAAAGCAACGUAUGCCGGGUUUUCGUGAAGGACAAAUUUACACGUAUCCCUCAGCCCGUUGGCGUAAACCGAAAAGACAGUAUUUAUUAAAUCAUCAUCAUAGUUAUCGGGCGUAUCAGUAUCGGGAGACAAGCCAUCAUCAUCAUCAUCAUUCCUCAGGAGCGGGAACAGGACCCUCUAAUCGUGACCAUCACCAAACUGAAAAUGCAGCUUUAACUGCCGAUGGAAAUUCAAUGAGUGCUUCAGGUGACAACGACAGCAAAGAUUCUCAUGCUAACGCUGAAAAGGAAUGGUUUCAUGAAGACAUGGAUAUGUCCUAUCAUCAUCAUGUAGAUGACUUUGAAGAUGAUUUUGAAUCAGACAAUGAUUAUGACGAGUCUUAUAAUAGUAGGGGUAAACGCAAACGCGCUACACGUUGGCGUAAAAGUAACGCUAGUGUCGAUGGUACUCCUAAGAGAGGACGCAAAGGAGGAGGUACUCGUCGUCGAGGUGGAGCUCUUGAAGGGGAAGUUUCUGGUGAGCCAACUCGUCGUCGGCGGGGUGGAGGAGCUGGAAGCGGUAGUUCGGCAGCUGCAGUUGCAGCAGCUGCUGCUGUCGCGGCUGCCGCCAACGUUGCGGCGUCCAGUGUAAGUCAUUCCAAUUCAGCUUCUCCGAUUACGAACACGGAUGAUAAUUCCCAGCCCGGCUUAACCAUGCCUUCCUCAAACAAUUCCUCGUCAGCUGCGAGUACUACCGGUAACGCCCCGCCGGAGAAUUCAGCUUCCACAGCCCUCGCUAUUGAUGCUUCAUCAGUCUCAACAACUGCAACAAUUGAUAACAGUACCGUAGCAGCACCGCCGGCUGCUGCAGCUGCAGCCGCAGCGGUCGUGGCUGCUGCAGCCGCCACUGCAUCCUCAACAUCACACGUUGUUGUCGUUGGUGCUACACCUCAAAAAAGUGCCACUAAAACGAAAAUACGUUCGGUUGAUCGUGAGGUAGCUCAACCAUCACCUUAUUGUGAUUUUUGUUUGGGUGAUCAACGCGAAAAUAAGAAAACAAACCUUCCCGAAGAGUUAGUUUCUUGUUCGGAUUGUGGUCGUUCAGGUCAUCCAUCGUGUUUGCAAUUUACCCCUAAUAUGAUUAUUUCUGUGAAGCGUUAUCGCUGGCAAUGUAUUGAGUGCAAAUUUUGCUCUAUCUGCGGUACUUCGGAUAAUGAUGAUCAAUUACUCUUCUGCGAUGACUGCGAUCGCGGUUAUCAUAUGUAUUGUUUAUCGCCACCUCUCGUCACGCCGCCUGAAGGAUCUUGGAGUUGCAAAUUGUGUAUGAAUGAAUUUCACAAAGGGGCUGCUUCUGUUGCUCCAUCUGCUCCUGAAGCCAACUAAAUUAUUCGCUGAUAUUUAUUUUUCAUUCCUCCUCCGUCAUUCAUAUAUUUAUUAACUUUUUUUCUUUAAUAUCCACAACCAAAAGAGAUUGUGAAUAUUCAUCUUGUUACUCAGUUUCAAAAACAAAAGCACACAUUGUCGGUCAUACGAAUGAAUUUUAGUUAUUCUUAAUCUCAUAGGUCGUAUCUUGAAACUUCAAGGACACUAAAUCGUGGGCUUGUCAAUUUAAAGUAUCGAAUCUCAACAAGAGUAUUUAUUUGAAAUUGUAAAAUACGCAUUUUAAAAUUUGCCGUCGCCGACAUUUUCUUAGUAAUGCAGAAUUACAUAAUAAAUACGUAAGUCAAAUGGUAUGGUAAAUAUUACACCCAUUGGAAUACCACGAUUUUCGUACAUUUUGCUUAGGAAAGUGAUAUCUUCGGGGCGCCUUGUUCUUUAAUGAAAUCAAAUCUGUUUUAUUUUGCUUACCAGUUUUUUUAUUUUUUUUAAUUAUUGACUUUUAUUUUAUGGAUGUGUAAUGACGCAGCUUGUUUUAAGGUUUAAUUUAAUUUCAAAGUUGUCCUGAUCUUAUUUUUUAUACACGAUUUGUUUUUUGAAUAAUAUUUUUACAUUACACAAAAACACUUGGAAAAAAAAUUAUAUACAUGAGGAGCAAAAACGAGACAAAUCUUUAAAAACCCUCAUAAGAUUCACGUUAAUCAAAUUUUAGUAUUUAAUCCAUUAUAGUAUUUAAAGGAUGCGUUCCGUUCUUGAAACUUCCAGACAUGAAAAUUGAGAAAUAAAAGUAAAUAAUU